AACACGCAACAUCCUGUCUAUACUCUUCAAUCAACUCGAAUUAGUAUACUUUAAUUAAUAAACUUAUACUGUAAUUUUAGUAAAACCUAAAAUUACUGUGCCGAUUAGGUUGUCCUAAUUGAAGCAUUACUUUAGAAUUACAACUCCAAGGUAUAAAAAUUACCCACGUCGAGUUUAUUUAAAUAAAACCGGAAUUGAUGAUUUAAUUUUAAUUGAAAAUUUCCGAUGCAGAUACAAAGGCGAAAAAUGAAAAUUUUUCUUGGUUUGUUCGGAAUAUUUGUGUGUUCUGAUGUUGUGUUUUGUUUAACAGAAGCACAGAUUAAGCAAACCGGAAAAUUAAUUAGGAGAUCAUGUAGUACAAAAUAUAAAGCCGAUAUUGAUGAAUUGGAUGGUUUCAUUCAGGGAAAAUUUGAUAAUCCAACGGAAGCUGGAAAGUGUUAUCUACAUUGUGCUUUAGGAAUGAUGAAAAUGGUUAAAAAAGAUGGGCAUAUCGAUUAUGAAAGUGGAAUGAAACAAGUUCCGCUAUUACCCGAACCAAGAAGAGCUCCCGCUUCUCAUGCUUUAAAUGAAUGCAAAACGGCAGGUGAUGAUUUAACCCAAAAAUGUGACAUAGCCGUCACAAUAGCAAAAUGCAGUUACGACAGUGGUCCAGAGGUAAAAAAUCAACCACCCUCGAGUUCAACUACUUUAAUUUUCUUUUUCAGCAUUACAUUAUACCAUAACAAAUAAUAACGUU